GACAAGUUAUUGUGUUCUAUUGCGAUGCAAAAUUAAAUAAUAAAAGUCGCAAAUAUAAUUGCGAUGAGCUAUUUAACAGAGAGUGAGGCUCCACGGGAUUUCCGUGUCUCCUCUACAGAGAGCGAUGGACAUUAUACAAAGUGCGUUCUAUGUUACACCGUGAAAAGAAACUUCUAUUGUGCUGAUUGUGUUAGAAGUGGUAAUUUUGUUCAUUCCUCGAUGCCUUAUUCUGAUAGAUUUUCAGAGAAACAAAUAAAACUAAUGAGGAUCAAAGUGAACCGACAACACGUCCUAGAGAGAUGUGAAAAGUUAUUAGCACCAAAACUCAAGAAGGAUAUCCUUGUAACAGAAACAAAGCAAUCCAGAGACAGGUUGGACCUGUUAAGAUUAGCCAUAGACCAACGAAGAAGCAUAAUCGACAAUAAAAGAAAGGAGCUCACAGAACUAAAAACCUACAACAAUGAACUACGUCUGAAGCUUCCAAGGUAUCAGAAAAGGGUGACAAGCUUAGGGAAGCACGCUCAAGCACAAAGAAUAGAGCUACAAACUAAAAUUAGUCUCUACGGUGACCAGACACAGUCGUUAGCUGCUCUCAGAAGAUCAAGGAUACGACAGCUCACGAGAUAUAUUUUUCCAAUCUAUAUGAGCUAUGAUCUAAGUGACAGUAUAGAAGAUUUAGAGUUUCUCGGAGAAGAUGUGGAGGAGGAGCCUCCGAAACGUCCUCAGUUACACAUUGUGGCUCCGUGGAUAGAUAUAAAUGCAGACUACUCACACAUACAGGCUUGGGUAUCACAAAACAAGGACGCGGCGGUGUGCAGCGUGCCCACGUCCAACCCCGCCUACCGCACCAGCGCCGCGCUCGGGCUGGCGGCGCAGCUGGUGGCGCUGCUGGCCUGGACGCUCGACGUGCGUCUGCCGCACGCCAUCGCGCUCAGCGAGUACAGCGACCCGCGCAGCUGGCGCGCGUGCGUGGGGCGAGUGCGCGCGGGCGCCACGGCGCUGUGCGCGCGCGCCGGCGUGCCGCCGCCCCCGCCGCCCGCGCCCGCCCCCGCGCCCGCCCACGCGCCCGCCCCGCUGGCCGCGCUCACGGCGCUGCACGCGCUGGCGCUGGCCGCCGCGGCCGACGACCCCGAUCUCGGCAGGGUGGAGAUGUGGUCGAGUCGGUGGAGCGCGUGCGAGGCGUGGCUGUCGGCGGCGGCGCCCGAGGAGCUGGACGAGCCCGAGCCGCCCGAGCACCUGCACUGGCCCGACAACGCGCAGAUGGAAGAGCUAAGCUGCACCCCGCCUCCCGCUCCGUCGCUGGUGACGUCGGCGGCCGCCUCCAUCGCCUCAAUGUGGCGAGGGUGGACAAAGUGACCUGAGAUAAUUCUAGUCUAUGAUAUUCAUAUCUCUACUACACAGCACUCAACAAUUUAUAUUUUAAAUCAAAAUAAAGUAUAUUAGUUGUUAAUUAUCAAAAUCGAAAGCCGUUGUCUAUGUUAAAUUAAAAAACCCGUCGGAUAUAUAGGUGACACUUCACUUGUUGCUAGUUCGCGUAUUGCUUUAUUUCACCAAAUAUUUUGUGUAGACGCAAAUAUUCGAACACGUUAUCCAAACACGGAUUAAACCCGCAAAUUUGUAUACAUAUGUAUGUAACUAUCUAUAAUAAGUGAAUAAAUUUAAAACUCAAAACUAAUCCCUGCUUCCUUGAUCGACACGGAGGUCGAAUAUUUUACCCGUAAAUACCGAAAAAGUUAGAAGUCAUAAUAUAACUAUGUCCUAACUCAAGAUACAGGCCACCAGUGUAUCAACUAUUACACUCGGUUCUGUUUGUCUGGUCUGUUUGAACAGAUAAUGUAAAUACGCGAACAGUCAAGUGAAGUGUAGCCCAAUAUUUUUCGUCUUUGCCAAAUAAAAUUGUAUUAAAAAUAUUCACUGGAAAAUAGAAAGUAUAACAUAUGCAUAGAGCUUUGUUAUAAACCAUUGUAGAAACACUUGAGUUUGUGUGUUCAACAAAUGCGGAAUCCCGCAAAUCACCAAUAAAAGUAACCACAGAUUAAAAAUAGAAAAAUAGAAAAUUUUACAUUCUGACAUAGUACACUUAAAUGACAUUUGAAAUUAUCUCAUUAGUAUUUCAUAAAUUUUCAUUACAAAAAAGUUUUAAUUAUGUAACCAAAAAGAUUUUAAUUUAGUACAAUUAUUAAAAAGUUUUAAUUAGGUAACAAAUAAUAAAAUGGCAAUUAUUAUGUCAACGCAAGGGAGUGUUCAUAGACUAUGUAGUUUUUUGAUUGGUAAAGGUCUUAUGUGUACUAUUACAAAUUAACUAGAAAAACUAAUUUCUGUAUUUAAACACUUUACAUUAAGCAAGAUCCAACCUCAGUAUGUGGUAGCAGUGUUCAUUAAAGUGAACUCAAAAAUGUGGCAUAUUAGGCAGAUUAGCUUAAAAAUGUUAUUUUUUUAAGUUCUUUUUUCUGAGCAGUUUAUUCCAAGUAUAUUGCAUGCUACCUACUAUACGAUUUGACUGCCUCGUUGGUCUCGUGGCUAGAUAUAAGGCCGCUGACCCGGGGUUUCUGGGUUCAAUUCCCAGGCCGGGCCGAUAAAAAGUUAUUGAGUUUUCCUAUCAGAAAAUUCUCAGUAGCAACCCGGGAUCUAGAAGUUGGAAAUUUGUACAUUCCCGUGCCUCGGAAAGCACGUAAAGCUCUUUCCGGUCGUGUCGGAUUGCCGUCCCAUCGGAUUAUGAGAGCUAGGGAAUAGAGAGUGCCUGUGUUUGCGCACACACUUGUGCACUAUAAUACGUCCUGCGCAGUUGGCAAAUCUCUCUUGAAAUUGGCCGCCGUGGCCGAAAUCGGUCUGGAGGAGCUUACCCAUUAUACAUCAUCGGACCUAGCCAUCCAUUAUAUUUUAAUUGUUGGUAAGGUGAUAUUUCAGAAAUGGUGAUAAAGUAUGCGAUCAUUUUUUGUAGAUAAUUGCAUGAUCUACAAUUUUUGUCUUAUCCAAUUUUAUGAUAGCGCUCACUGUUUACGAGAAAAACGCGAAAUCGGUUUUUUGAACUUGAAUUUUUUUAAAGUUUUAAGUUGAUGAGGAUUUUUAAUAUUUUAUGUGUCAUAGUGUCUACCAGACUAUGUCGGGAACCGAUCCCUGGACUUUGUUGUCGAAGGCCCUAGAUUCCGCGGCAAGCCCAAGAAGCGCUGGCUCGAUGUUGUGAGGGACGAUAUGAGAGAGCACGAUCUAACUAAGGAGGACGCUUUAGAUCGGGCAAAGUGGAGGCGUAGAUGCAGGAAAACGACCCUGGCGUUACUAGGCCGGGAAAAUGUUAGACAGAAGAAGAGUGUACCUAAGACCCAUUUUCAGCUCUAAACUAAUGACCGGACUUAAUCUAUGUACUUUACGAACGCUUCCUAACACGUACAGCCAUUCCAAGUAACAAUUAUAAUAAAUUUAACGUGUUUGUUUUUGAUAUUUUUUUUAUUGAUUUGAAAUAUUGU